GGAAGUAGUACCUUCUUCUAUGAUACGCGCCUCUGACGGACUGACCGACAGACUCGUCGUCCUUGGCAGGUCUAGGUAGAGGAAGCCAUCUAUCUCUUCAGGAAUCUCGCGUCUUGGAGGGACCUGACUCGCUCAGGGAGACAGCCGCAUUAGCAUCAGUAGGAGAAAGGGAGAGAGAGGGGGGCAGGAGAGAGCAUAGAGUAGAUCACAUCUGUCUAUUACUGCCUCGGUUGGGGGUCUGUGGUCGUCGUAGUGAGCAUUUGGAAUGCACACAUUUGUGAUGACACCAGUAUUCUGCAAGUUCCCCCUCCUCUUGUUCGAUAUGGGAACGAUCUUCUAGUGAUUGUAAAUAUGAUUUCAAUUAGUAGGCCAUUUCUCCAUCAAGCAGCUGCUGCAGCAGCCGAAAACGUGCUGGUGAGCGAGCGAUUGGGAUUCCAGUGAUGUACGGAUUGCGCAUUUGACAAGGCGGACAAUUGGUCACGCGUAGCUGGAGUUCUUAUGAUUGUGAGACUCACGCAGUGCCUAGCAAGCUGUUGAUGCCUCCUUUGCAUGAGACUGACAACUAGCCGGGAAAGCGUACUUUCUUACAUUGGAACAAGCUUACUUGGCGAGGUGUGUAGAGAAAUGUUGAGCUCUCAGUUGAGGUAGAAAGAGGCGGUCAAAGCAGCCAUAUACAUGGCAGAAAAAUUGAAAAAGCAUUUCGAGCCUGCGGUGAUGGCACUCGAUAGAGUAGGAAACUCUGCAGUUGCUGAAGCCGGAAAGAGGAUGAAUGAGGCUUUAGCAAAGGUGUCAUCACCUCACUCCUCACAGACACCUAGCUCUCCCAAAACCAAGUGCAAGGUCUGGGCUCAAAAGCUCACUCUUCAGCCCGUACCGAAAUCUAAAUAGGAACAAUGAUAUUUGCUUACUGCAGUGUUGGAGAAGGCUUGGAAGCGUCCAAAGGGUUCACACAUCAUGCUACAUAAUUCCGAUCAUGUGCUCGGUCACACUGGUAGAAGUGAGUUGUCAAUUUGAGUCACCUGCUGUGAGUGGAAGGGAUUGUACUAUCACUCAGAAACUCAUCACCUUGGAUGGAAGCGUCAAGCCUUCUGGUAGUGAGGCGGUUCUAGGAGAUCACUACGUUGUCUUUGUGAAAGAUUCUAGCUCAAACGGAACCUACAUAAAUAAUCAAAGAUUGAGAAAGAAUAGCUUGGAGCUAAGAGUCCAACACAAGGACAUAAUAUCCUUGGUUGCCGUUUCUGAACAUGAGAAUGCAUUGGCUUAUAUAUAUCGAGAGGUUAUUGAUGAUCCCAUCAGACAAGCCCCCAAAAGAAAGAUUCCUCUUGCAGAUGUUGAUAAUGAAGGAAUGGUUGGUGACGGGAAGAAUAUGCAAGGGAUUACUACGUGUUUGAGUGAAGGACCUGUUUCUAUUGAUGAUGUUUGGCGGUUGCAAAGGUCAAAUGAGGAGUUGAGGCAGCAGCUAGAGGAUCAUGUGUUGAAUACAGAGAAGAUGCGCAGUGAAAUGCGUGUUACGGAGGCACGCCAUCAAGUUGAGGUGAAGGAAGUGAAAAUAUCUGUGGCAACCCAAUAUGUACAACAGAUUGAAGAAAUUAAACGAGAGCUAGCGAAGAAGGCAAGCGACUUGGAGCAAUGUGUAGCGACUUCUGCACAACAUGUGACAACCAUUGAAGACCUGACUCAACGUCUUGCUGCAGCAGCUCAGUCUUGAAUGGAUGCCGAAGAAGCUAUUUUAAGUCACAAGUGUAGCAUAGCGGACCUUGAGAAGCGCUUGGAAGAGGAACGUGAUCAAGAAGAGAAAGAGAGAUUUCAAACAGAAACCAAUUUUUGAGCUGCGAUAGAGGGAACACAUGCUGAUUUGUUGAAGUAAGACAAAUGACAACAUGAAAUAUCAGCUCGUUUGCAAAAGCAGCAACAAGACAUGAUAUUUGAUCUUCAGGAGAUUGACAAGGAGAAUCGGCGCCUCCUAGAAAACCUUUGGUCAAAACUGGAGGCAAAGAGACAAAUCGUUGUCAGUGCUGAAGAGAAGGGUCGAAGGCUUGAGGUUCUCAUCCAAGAAGAACGAUUUGCGAGGGAUAGUGCACGCAACAAAGCUGUGGAACUUCAGGAUGAGUGAAGGCACGUGUAUAUAGAUUUGGAGAGCGAGAAGUCAGCAAGAGAGUCUGCAAGGGUAAAGAUUGAAAGUUUGGAGUUGAAGAUGGAGACGGCUAUUAGUUACCUUACAUUGGAAAAAUAGUGGCUGCAAGAAGCGCACAAACGUAAAGUUGGGGAUGAAGGAAGUCCCAAGGAGAAAGACAAAGACGUCGAAGAGUUGCUGCUGACGGUGUUACGAGCUCUUGAUAAGUUGCCUGUGUAGACUUGGAUGGCUUGAAGACCUACAGUGUAGGGAAGUCUGUCAAUCACCUGCGUAGUCAUAAGAAUCUGGAAAUUUUGAGGGGAACAUUGGAAGCAUAUCAAGGCAUAGCUUCGAUGUGAAAUUUUUCCAUCACAGUAGGGACUAGUUCUGGAGAUAGAUUCGCUGCCGGCCGCAUCUGGCGGCGGCCAGGUGUCGGAGAUUGCUGGUGGGGAGUUAGGCUUUCAGCCGGCUGAGAUUUUUGGCUGCUGGAUCUUGGAUGCGAUGCAGGGUCGUCGGUGGAGAAUCUCAUUCGGAUCACUCGUCGUUGGGAGGAGCUCGACUAAGAGUAUCGACGGGUUUGAAUGUUGAUGAUCAACAUAGUGAAUUAAGAGAGGGAGGAGCUCGGCUGAGAGUGUCGACGGGUUUGAGUGUUGAUGAGCAGGAGAGUGGAUUAGGAGAAGGAGGAGCUUGACUGAGAGUGUCAACGGAUUUGACUGUCAAUGAUUAGGAGAGUGGAAUCAGUCAUCGCUGGAAGGAGCUCGGCUGGAGAGUGUCCACGGGUUUGGGCGUCAGAGAGUGUGAUUAGGAGAGGAGUAUCAGUCGUCGCUUGGAGGAGCUUGGCUUGAGAGUGUUGACGGGUUUGAGUGCUUAGUUGUGAUCAGGAGAGUAAAGGUGUUCGGAAGUGUUGAUCAAUCGAGGCGUUUAUGAUGUGGUGACCAAGUGAGAUUAGUGAGUACAAUGUUAAUAUGAGUUGAAAACUCCACCCAGAGUAAAAACUCUAAAGGAUGGAGUGUUAAGUCUCACAAUUAGAUUUGACAAAUAAAUUUUCAUCUUGCAUUUAACUAUAGUGAUAUCAG